UCAGGCCCCUUAUACAUGCGUCUGGACCUGCAUCGUGACGGCCGUCACGCCUUCAGAAUCACCAGGUUGUGGAAGGAACUGACCAAUGGAGUGGAUGCUGUCUUUUCCUAUGCUGACAAAAUGUAUAUGAUUAAGGAUGAUCAAGUUUACAUCUACAAAACUGGUCCUUACUACACCCUGAUCGAAGGUUAUCCUAAAACUCUGAAGGAAGAGCUCGGUGUUGAAGGACAUGUGGAUGCUGCUUUUGUCUGUAAUGAUGAACACACAGUUCAUAUAGUCCAAGGAAAAAAGCUCCUUGAUGUCGACCUAACUGCCACACCCAGGGUCGUGACCCAAGAACAGCUUCUACCUUUGUCCGACAUUGAUGCUGGUCUGUGCGAUGCAAAGGGAAUUCAAUUGUUCAAGGGCUCGCACUUUUACCACUAUGAUGGCGUUGCAGUCCUAACUAUGAGCAGAAUGGCCCCUCUGGCUGAGGAUAUUACAUCAGAAAUGUUGUCAUGUCAGGAUUAGGAAUAAGGAAUGAAAAGAUAUUUCACACUGCUUAUCAGUGUCUCCAAACAAAACAGAGUCAAACAUGACUUAUUCAGACUGGAUGAAAGAUCCAUAGUACAGAGUACCACAGUAAAAAAAA